AUGCAGGCGGCGGAGGAGAAGGUGAAGGCCAAGACCAAGAUCACGCAGGCCAAGGCGGCGGAGAAGGCGGAGGCGGCCACGGCGAGGUCGCACGCAGAACGGAAGCUGGCGCACGAGCGCGGCAAGGCCAAGGUCGCCGCCGCCAAGAUGGAGCUGCACCAGGACAAGGUCCUACACCGGGAGGAGGCCAUCGAGCACCACCUCCACAAGCACGGCGGCCACGGCCACCAUCACCACAAGCACGGCGUCGGCAUCGUGGCCGCUCCCGCACCGGCGCCCGGGGCCGGGGCGUACUACUCUACCGCUGCACGUCACCACUACUAACUA